UACAAACAGACACAAAAACAAACACACACACAGUCACUGUUGUUAUAUUUGGUAAAUGACUGAAAAGUGAUCCAGUGUGUGUGAAAGGUUGUUCAUCUUCCUGUAUGUGUGAGUGACAAACUCUCUGUUUUUAAAAAUGGCCUCAAUGGAAAUAUGGCUGUGACUUUAUGAUGUCAUUCUGCUUUUUAUUGUCGAAAGAAUUGAAGGGUUUAAGCAUAGAUUUAUUUCUCAUCUCUAAUGUAAUAAUAUCUGUUUAGUGUUUGUGUUACUGUGGUUCAGUAAAAGCAGGGUUAUGAUCGUGAGACACGUCCACAUUUCAGCAGCUCAUACGCCACCCAUUGUAUUUUUAAUGCUGUGAUAAGGAAAUUGUCCUGCUCAAAAUCGGUAUCUUCUUCAUAAUACAGUAUAUUUAUGAUGUAAUGCUAAUCGACUUGUGCAGAAUACCAUAAAAGAGUAGAUUUACUAUCUUGAAAUAUUAAAAAUAUAUUUUAGGAAUCAUUUCAACGUGUAAAGCUCAUUAAAAUCUUUCUAUUUGUAAGAGAGGCAUUGGACACAAAGUCAAAGAAGGUGAAGUGAGAUGUUUGAUCAAUGAAAAGAGGGAUUAAAACACUGUGAAUAGAUCGUUUUCAGUACUUCUAAGACAAAAGAAUAAUAAUUAGACAUCCAUAACCAGACUCAAGAGGUGUGAAUGUUUGCUGCCGGGGACAUUAAAACUUGAAUGGGGCUGUUUGAGCCACAAAACAAUAGAGAAAAUGCACUAAAUGGAUGCUUGGAUGUAAAUAAAUGAACAUUAGCAUUUUAAAGUCAACUCUAAAUAAAUUCACAUGAUUUUACAAGGUAUCAUCUUCAGAUUUAAAACAGACAUGUGGCCUAAGCUGCAGUGCAUUUUUAGAUUAAUACAGGGCCAGUAUCAAAUUUAUUUUCCCCUUGUGUAUUUUGGUGAUAAAAGUGUAGUAACCAUGUUUUUUUUAAUGUAUUGAUUACUAUUAGCAAAACUGUGGUUUAACUACACUAACCUUGUUUUUUUAAACCAUGGUUAAUUUUCAUAAGGGUCAUAAAUGCACUGUAAAAAAUGUGCUGUAGCUAUGCAGCUGUUUGCCAGUAACUUAGUGUAGAUUUAAAUGAAUGCUUUUUACUGGCAACAGUUUGUUCGAUGUUAAUUAAACAUUAACAAGUCUUUGUCUUUAUAAAAUAAAACUAUAAAAUAACAGCCUCAUGCAAAGCAAUCUGGGAACCAGACCUUUUUCUGUUUUUUCCUUCAGAUUUUGGUUCCCCGAAUGCUUUGCAUGAGGCUGUUAUUUUAGUUUUAUUCUGUAAAGACUUGUUAAUGUUUAAUGUUCGUUUAACUUUGAACAAACUGUAAAUAAUAUAAAUUUAAAUCUGCAGUAAGUUACUGGCAAACAGCUGCCAGUAAUACUGUAUUAAUUUCUACAGAAAUUUUAACAGUGUACAUAUCACAUUAUUAGAAAUGCAUUUUAAGCCAUUUAAUAUUUUUUUUCAUUGUGACAAAAAUUCUGACUUUACAAUAAACUUCCAAGUGCUUGCUUUCAAAUGAGAUCAAACUUAUGCUUUAGUGUAAAGGCGUCAUGAACUGUUUUGAGCAGGUACCUUACAGAAUAAAAGCAUGCAUAAAUGCAGUGAAUUUCCCCAUAAGAAGAUUCUAUGUACAGUUAAGUCCUCCAACUAAUGGUUUAUACUGAUUAUUUUUGUAUUGUUACAUUAAUGAAUACAAAGCACAUUUCUGUCUUUCUGUAAAGUGCAUCACUACUUUGUGUUACAAUAGUUGAAACUCAUCUAAAUACAUUAAUAGCACACAGUCAAUCUUAGCAUAACAUCAGCUGGUUAAAGUUAGAAGUAAAAUCUUCUUUGAAUGUAAGCUGCAUGGUUAGUGAAUAUUUAUUGCUCAUAAAUAAACCAAAUACUGUUGGUGUAACAUUAAAUGGUCUUAAACAGAUGCUUAUAGUAUGAAUGUUUUAAUGACAAUGUUUACCUCCCUAACAUCUUCAUCAUGCCCAAACAGUGAAAAUAAUUCACACCUUUAUUCAAGCUCCUCCCACACAGCCAUUCACCAAUAAAUACUGGAGACAAACAGAAGUGAAUCCAGCUGAAAUCUUCAUGACAGGCUGUUGUUGAUGGAAGAGAAACUUGAAGACAUGAGGGAUUCAGAGCCAUGCAGAUUAGAAAAUAAAGGUGCUAAGGAACAAAGAGAUGCAACAGAAGUUGAUGAGAAACACCAAAAGGUGAAAGUACAGCGCGUUUCGCACAAAAGAAAAGAAGCCAGGAUGUCUUUCAAUUCUGCUGAGUGUGGAAAGAGUUUCCCAAAACCAUCACUCCUUCAGAGACACAUGAACAUUCACAUUGGAGAGAGAACAUUCACGUGCCAUCAAUGUGGAAUGAGUUUCUCUGAUCAAACAGACCUCAGGAAGCACACCAGAAUUCACACCGGAGAGAAAACAUUUAUGUGCCAUCUCUGCCUAAAGAGUUUCAAAAGUAAAAAUUACCUUAAGAGACAUGUGAGACUUCAUAAUGGAGCGAAACCAUUCACGUGCCAUCAUUGCCAAAAGAGUUUCACAAGCGAGGGUUAUCUUAAGACGCACAUAAAUAUUAACAAUGGAGAUCAAGCUUUCAUAUGCCACCAGUGCGGAAAGAGUUUUACAUCUAUAAGCAGCCUUAAGGCUCACAUAAGGAUUCACACCGGAGAGAAACCAUUCACAUGCCAACAAAGUGGUCACCUUAAGCUGGAUAUGAGAAUUCACACGGGUGAGAAAGCUUUCGCGUGCCAUCAUUGCAAAAAGAGUUUCAGAAGUGAAAAGUACCUUCAGAUGCACAUGAGGGUUCACACUGGAGAUAAUCUCUUCACAUGCAGUCAGUGUGGAAAGGAUUUUCUAUUUAAACAAAACCUUGAGAUCCACAUGAGAGUUCACACAGGAGAGAAACCUUUUGCGUGCCAACAGUGUGGAAAGAGUUUUUCAGAUAAAGCUAACCUUAAGAUCCACAUGAGAAUUCACACCGGAGAGAAACCUUUCGCAUGCCAACAGUGUGGAAAGAGUUUUACAAUUACAAGUAAUCUUAGGAGACACAUGAGAAUUCACACCGGAGAGAAACCAUUCGCAUGCCAACAGUGUGAAAAGUGUUUUAUCCAAAGUUGUCACCUUAAGCUGCAUAUGAGAAUUCACACGGGAGAGAAACCUUAGGUGUUCGUUCCGUAGAAAGACUUGUACUGUGUUAGGGCAGCUGAAGUACACUAGAGAGUGCACACUGGAGAGAAACUUUUGAAGAAGUUUUUGGUCAUCAAUAAAUCUGCAGAAUCAUAGAAAAGCUAAUCUUCUGUUGAAGUGUUAGUAGGGUUGAAUCUAAUUUUACCUAAAGGAGAUUUUUUGUUUUGUUAAAGGAACAGUAUGUAAGAAAUGUAUAUCAAUUAGUCAUAAAAUGGCCCUGAUAUGUCACUAGACAUUAAGAAAUCAUUUUCAUUUCAAAUACUUAUAUUACUGACAACAGUGGUCUGGCCAGGAUAUUGUCAUUUAAAAAGUGGAGUUGCAGCCCUCAACUGAUGUUUAUGUUGUCAUGUUGUGUAUUGGCCACCAGCUGUGUGAUUGCAGUACCAGUUUCAGACACAAGUUUUGUGAUUGCAGUACCAGUUUUGGCCACGAUCCUACAUACUGUUCCUUUAAAUUUGAGUCGUUGUAUGUUGAGAGUAAAUGGAAGUUUGUAGUUAUUCAACGAAACAAAUGUAGUCUUGUAAAAAUUGGGAAAAAUGUACACUACUGUAUGUGAGCACUAUGUCUUUGAUUAGUACUGUAUCAUUACGUGCUCUACGAGAGAUAUAAGCAUUCUUGAAUAUAAGAUCAUCUUGGAUUACAAAUGAAAUAAAGACAUUUGUGUAUCCUCUUUCUGUUUCAUAGCUUUCUCCUUUCAAGUCAACCAUUGCCACUACACUCUCACCUAAAGGAUUAUUAGGAACACCAUACUAAUACUGUGUUUGACCCCCUUUCGCCUUCAGAACUGCCUUAAUUCAACAUGGCAUUGAUUCAACAAGGUGCUGAAAGGAUUCUUUAGAAAUGUUGGCCCAUAUUGACAGGAUAGCAUCUUGCAGUUGAUGGAGAUUUGUGGGAUGCACAUCCAGGGCGGAAGCUCCCGUUCCACCACAUCCCAAAGAUACUCUAUUGGGUUGAGAUCUGGUGACUGUGAUGGUAAUUUUAGUGCAGUGAACUCAUUGUCAUGUUCAAGAAACCAAUUUGAAAUUAUUCAAGCUUUGUGACAUGGUGCAUUAUCCUGCUGGAAGUAGCCAUCAGAGGAUGGGUACAUGGUGGUCAUAAAGGGAUGGACAUGGUCAGAAACAAUGCUCAGGAAGGCUGUGGCAUUUAAACGAUGCCCAAUUGGCACUAAGGGGACUAAAGUGUGCCAAGAAAACAUCCCCCACACCAUUACACCACCACCACCAGCCUGCACAGUUUAGGCAUGAUGAAUCCAUGUUCUUAUUCUGUUUACGCCAAAUUCUGACUCUACCAUCUGAAUGUCUCAACAGAAAUUGAGACUCAUCAGACAAGGCAACAUUUUCUGGUCUUCAACUGUCCAAUUUUGGUGAGCUUGUGUAAAUUGUAGCCUCUUUUUCCUUUUUGUAGUGCAGAUGAGUGGUACCCGGUGGGGUCUUCUGCUGUUGUAGCCCAUCCGCCUCAAGGUUGUGCGUGUUGUGGCUUCACAAAUGCUUUGCUGCAUACCUCGGUUGUAACGAGUGCUUAUUUCAGUCAAAGUUGCUCUUCUAUCAGCUUGAAUCCGUCGGCCCAUUCUCCUCUGACCUCUAGCAUCAACAAGGCAUUUACGCCACCAGGACUGCUGCAUACUGGAUGUUUUUCCCUUUUCACACCAUUCUUUGUAAACCCUAGAAAUGGUUGUGCGUGAAAAUCCCAGUAACUAAGCAGAUUGUGAAAUACUCAGACUGGCCCGUCUGGCACCAACAACCAUGCCACGCUCAAAAUUGCUUAAAUCACCUUUCUUUCCCAUUCUGACAUUCAGUUUGGAGUUCAGGAGAUUGUCUUGACCAGGACCACACCCCUAAAUGCAUUGAAGCAACUGUUGGUUGAUAAGAUAAUUGCAUUAAGAAAUUGAACAGGUAUUCCUAAUAAUCCUUUAGGUGAGUGUAUAUAAAAAGCAAACAAUUGGUCCAGGUUGAGCCGAGGCCCAAAUAAUAAACCAAAACAACAGGCACUUUGGAAGGGUGUAUCGAUGAAUACUAGGCCCCUCUUAAAAGA